AUGAACUUUUAAUUAGUUUAUUCCUAAGGAAUUUUGGAAAUACUAUUUCUUAUCCUAAAUCCUUCCUAUAAACUAAUCUUAUACAGAAGUUUAAUGCUAUAUUUUGCUUAUAAAGCGGAUCACUAAUUUUACAGGAGUAAUCCACUGCAAAAUAUUAAUAAGAAAACAAAGUUCAAUUUGGGAAUCCAAUAGAUACUUAUAACAUUUGGCUUUUUCAUAAUGUAUCCUUAGCCACAUCUAAUUUUGAGAGAAUUCAUAAGCAUAUUAUUUAUGCAUGUAUUGGUGUAAUAAUAUCCAAAAAUGCUAACAUUUUGCGAAUCAUAUGCAUUAUCUUAAUAUAUAGUAGAAUACUAUUAGUUUAAUGGAUAACAUAUGUUUGAAUACUUAUCAGAGUUAGUUUUAAUGUUAUCAAUAUUAUCUUUUAUAUUGAUUGUACUCAUCCAUCAAGUCCCCAUAAAAGAACUCGCAUUUUGGUUUACAUUCAUAGCAAUUUUUAAAAUAAACUUCUUUUCAAUCUACUAUUACCUAUAAUAUCGAGGACAUAGUUUAGCAAUUUUAAUAAAUGAGAUAUUUACAUAUGAAUUUGGGAAAUACUUCUUUUUAUAAUUUCUUGGACUUAUGUUGGUCAUUCCAAUAAGUUAUCUAAAUUUGCAGAAAAUUAUUUAAAGAAAACUAUUUCAUUUCUAGAUAUUUUUGAUUAUUUUUUUAGGAAUUUAUUUGAAUAGUAAUUACACUAAAUUGGCCCUGGCAGUAUUUAUUUGGUUUUUCAUUGUCUUUGAGGGAUUAAGACAAUAUUAUAGAAAUGAUAUUGAGAUUCUCAACAAGUAUUCUAAAUAUUUGCUAUCAUUUUGUGACAAAAGAGAUUCAGAACAAUUAAUAAUAACUCAAAUAUAUUUAUUGAUGGGUGUGUCACAUUCAGUAUUUUUUAGUAGCACAAAUAAAUUUAUUGGAAUUAUAAUUUUAGGAGUAGGAGAUUCAUUUGCUGCUAUUAUUGGAUCUAAAUUUGGAAAACUAAAAUACCAAAAUUAAAGAUCAAUUGAAGGAACAUUAAGUUUUAUAAUUGGAUGCUCUUUAGCAAAUUAUUUCUUGAAUGGAAAUAUAUAAUUGUGGAUAAUAGCUGCUGCAAUUGAAGCAUAUACAGCAUAAAUUGAUAAUUUGAUUUUGCCUAAAAUUUAACUUAAUUAAAUUGUUUAGAUGAUUUAAUUAUGA